AUGCCGGUUGUUUCGAUAGGAGAUAUUGUCGCUUGCACUCAGAUUGCAUUUCAUCUAUACACCACCCUCACCAGAGGACGAAAGAAUGCCCCUCGAGACAUGAAGGAACUAGAAGCCGUCCUGUUCGGUCUCUAUUGUGCUCUCAGCCACCUCGAAAGAGAGCUUGAGAUCAUUUUGAUUGGGCCUUCGACCAGAGAUGAGCGUAACAUUGUUCAGACUCAACAGCAACUUGAACGAAUGAUUGAAUCUUGCCGAACCAUCCUGGAGGAGCUCGACGAAGCUACCGCAAGCUAUCGGUAUGCUGCCCACGAUCCGCCUCACUCGGUAUCUCGUCCUUCCUAUACAGUGUUUGGCAUAGGUUUCUCUCAGCACCUCAGAGAUCAGGCCAAGGUGCAAUGGCGAAGAGUCCAGUGGUAUCUUCGCAGUGACUCUUUUGCCAAGUACCGAAUGGAGCUUCAGGCACACACUAGUGCUAUCAAUCUUCUGUUGAAUACCAUGACAUGGUCCAACUCCACACGUUCUGGGAAGAUUGGCCGACAACAGAGCCAAAGGUUAGAGCAGAUCGAGCAUACAACAACUCAGUUGAAUGAGAACAUGUGCCGGCUGUUGCAGGUUGUUACCGGCCCACAGACUGGCAAUCCACAUUUGGUUCUUCCUAGCUUGAUUCUUCCAGUAAUGGAGCCCAGGGCUGCCUAUUUUCCAACUGAAAAUUUGAGCCAAUUUAUGGAUGCGUCUCCGUUUGCUCUCGACCCAAGCUCUACUAAUGAGCAGUACCGACAAGAUCUUGCAGCUCCAAUAUGGUCGUUUGUUCCACGGAUCCAGCAUCAGCCACGUCUUCAGGUCUCUGACAUGGCUAGCCGAGUCACUGAGGAGAGCGAGUGUCUAUGA